AUGUGGAGGAUGGCUUGGAUCGUGUCGCAUGUGAACAGCAUGGUGGCUGCGGAGAAGAGCACGCCCCAGUCCAGUGGUGCUAUGCCGCUGUCGGGUGGCUGGGUACUCAUGCAAUCCCGGAGCGCUCCUGGAAGGAGAUUCUAUUACAACGACAGGACUGGCGAAACGUGCUGGGAGAGACCAGCCUGA